CACAGACUCCCGACCUGCACCUACAUGUAAUGGAACCCAAACCCUGGUUACCAAGGUACUGUGCCUACAUAAAUCUCCGGCUACCAUUCAUCACCAACUUCACGGUUCCUCUAGAUUCUAAGCCCCUGGAGCUCUUGAGCUGGAGGUGCAGCGCAGGGGAAAAGAUCGGGACCCCAGCGUCUGAUAUUCACAUCCAGAUCUGCCGGCGACUGUUUUCGUUCUAUUCUAGUGAUUGCCAAUCGCUUAGUCAACCACUCAGUUGCUGCCAACUGAGCUGCACCAACGAGCGACCUAGGAUUAUUAAACAUUUUCUGCUGCCUCGCUGAAGCCUGAUUCCCUUUCCUCUCUUGCUUCUCCCUUAUAUGAGUGCUUCAGUCGUGCAUACCUAUAUAUAUUUAACAGGCAGGCAUACAUGAGAUCCGGUUGACAGCCUACAACUUACCAAGAAAUCGAAAUCUCUCGUUCGAUGCAACGGCUCGGUCGACUAGCGAGCCAGAGAAUCACAUUUGCAUCCAGCAGGUCCUACGGGUUCACUGCUCUUGAAGCCGGCCGUGCUGCAAGACUCGCCUCGAAACCCCUGUCCUCACCGGCCAAGAAGACGGCGAGGCUAUUCUCCAUGUCAUCUUCAACCCAAGCUCCGCCCAACGAGGCCGGCCCCUCCGCAAGUGCGGAGGCGCCAGAGGCGCCUGCGCCGGUGACUUCGACGCAUGAAGGAGAGGAUGGCAAUGGGGGCGACAAACCCAAGGCGGGCAAAACGGAGGCCCAACCGCCCUCCGGCCCGUCAUCUGGAAACAUACCCGAGCCAGACCUGCCACCCCUGACCCAACAAGAAUUCCGCACCUACAACCGUUUAGCCGAACAAAUGGACUACUUCCAUGACCACUUCCGGAGGAGCUGGAAGCUCCUAUACGACGCGUGCACGUCGGGCAAGAGGCCGUCCAACAUGACCUUGAAGCAGUUUCUUGAAGAGGGCCUCUCCCUCAUCCGCUACCUCGAAGCCCACCACAGCAUCGAGGAGACGUACCUCUUCCCGCUCCUCGCCCGCAAGAUGCCCGAGUUCCGCGCCGGCAAGGGCGGCGGCGCCGGCGAGCUGGUCCGCCAGCACCGCCUGAUCCACGCCGGCAUGGACGGUCUCGAGGACUACCUGCGCCGCUGCCGGAACCGCGAGUCGGAGCUCGAGCUGUCCGUCAUGAGGUCCAAGAUGGACUCGUGGGGCGACGUCCUGCUCUCCCACCUCGACCAGGAGGUCCGCACCCUCGGCGCCGAGAACAUGAGGAGGCAUUGGACCCCCGAGGAGAUGCGGGCUAUUCCGAUUUAAGGAGGGGUUUAGCAGGGAGCGCGUGGAUCCAUUUGUCUAGGAACGUUUUGGGGCGGCGCUGCUGGAUGAGUAUCGGGGGGAGGUUCGAGGUUGGGAGAGUUCCAGCGGUUGGAUGGUUCCAACUGCCAUUUUGCGAUACCCUUGGAUAGAUCCCUGUUUAUUCCACAGACCGCAAUGGGCUAAAAGUACCUAGUUGUGUCAUGUAAAUACAGUCCGUCCGUCACAAUAAUCCCUUUGCCUCCUCUAACAUUGGGCAGGCCGCAAUCAUGGCAAUCUGCCAUACACGGAGGGCCUUGAAACAACCACAUCGCCUGCUGCAUGUAAGAGCAGGCUUUGUGGGCGCCCUCCUGUCCGUCUACCAAACGCCGAUGCCAACGCGGAUGGUAUCUAUCUGUACAGUACAAGUCAAACAAAGCCUAUAAACGCCAAAUUCUGCAGAGGGC